AUGAUAGACAAAGAACGUCGCAACCAGUGUCAGGCCUGUCGGCUGAGAAAGUGCAUUCAAAUGGGCAUGAACAAAGACGCUGUUCAGAACGAAAGACAACCGAGAGGCAUCUCUCAAUAUCGGCUAACCGGCACCAACUCAGCAAAAGAAGGCCGAGCUAAAGCGGUAACCCGAGGUUCUUGUCCACUGCACCACAGUCAACUGUAUAGGAACACCCUGCUCGAUCUACCCAUAACCUGCCGGGGGUCUUCUCCGGUGCACCCCAGUCCGCAUUUCUCAGAAAUCCCGGAACGGUCUUGGGCUAGCUCAGCCGAGCAGGAGCCGUCACAACUGUUCGCCAACCUGUCGAGCCAAGCUAGACAAGAUGAUCUGUGCCACACUCCAAACGGCAGAUUGCAUGCUGAGGAGCUUGGACACAGCAGCCAGAUGUCGACCAUCCUGGCUGUCGAACGAAACAAUCUGGAGAGGUUUCUGUGGAACUUCCUUCCUGAACCGUCCGCAGUCUUUGAGUUUCUUAGGAUGAACGGAAACGCAAGCGCAGCGGGACUGGAACUGCCGGUCGAAUCAACAUUGUUUGAGAGGAAUGGCAUGUCUGAGAAAAAAACCAGUCAAAUUCAGCAGUUGUGGGAGCGUCACCAUCAUCAACAGCGACAGGAACAGGAAAGACAACAAAAGCAUCUCACAAACUCCGAAUGGUCAUUGUUGUGUGCCGGUGAAAUCGAUGCAGCCGCUUACCUUGGAAUUCAGCCUCCAAAGCCAACCACAAAAUGUUUGAUUCCUGCCAACCAACGGCGCCAGACACUGCCUCCCUGCCUUAACAGACACUCGAUUAGCUCUCUUCUAGGAGAAGAUGAAGUAAACUCUUCUACAGUCGUUGAAGAGGAAAGAAACGAGGAGGAAAAGGUAUACCCGAGGUCACAAAAAGGCGUUUUGGAAAUGCAGAAGGCUGAGGACAUUCUGAUACUGCCUUCUUCAAAUGAAGAACACGGCAACCUGCAAUACCCGUCUCCGAUACGGGAUGCAAAUUUCCGCAUCUUUAUCCUCAUGAAUGAUCCGAAUUAG